UAAUAACGUAGUUCACUAAAUAGUGAAUAUGAGACACUAAACCUGGUCCAACCAGUGGGUUUCUGAAAAGAACAUGCAUAGACUAGAUACAAGACUUCACUAGUACAUAUCCAUGUAUUUACUGGAUACGCAGUAUGUUUAUAUGCAGCUUAUAUAGAUCUAUCAUUGACCUUAAUUCUUCAGGUUUGAAUUUUAAAAACAUUUUCACAGCUGACAUGAAUGUCUAAAAGUGUCAGAAUACUUUUCAGAUUUCCCUUCCCAAAAUGGGGGUUUAUAGCGUCCAUGGCGAUGCGUCUGCUUAAGUGUUCCCACUGAGGUGUACGUGUGAGCGAGAUGGUUCCGCGCGACGUGGCAGAUUCGAAUAUUCCAAAUAUGGGAAAGAGCGCGAGCACAAAGCACAUCACACGCGCCUGUCAAAUUGUUUUAGUGAAGUAACCUGUAAGUUGUUUAAUUUUCCUGUUCAAAGAAUUCAGUUAAGUUCUCACCACCGACGCACAGAAGCAGUUCCACACUCAGCUCAGUAAAAACAGAGAAUUGUGUCGCUCUGGACUUCUAAUCCAUUAGAAACGUGGGAGAAGGCAGUGUGUGUACAGGCUCAGCCGUGCACUUUGGCUUUCUGGGUUCAUGGGUCAGUGAGUGUUGUGCUUUGUAGCGUAAUGAUGUGGCAGUGUGCACUUUGAAACGGGGAGAGGCACUUGGUGAGCUAAAACUGCAGCGUUUCGCUUUUGCAUCCUAAUUGUGUUAAAUAUCCUCUGAUCUAGUUAUGUGUGUUAAGGUAAUGUAUAUUACAGUUUGCUAUCCCACAGGUUUUUCUGUGGACGUUCUUGGGCAGUGUUUAGGGCACAGUAGACUGUUCUCAGCUGUAGACUAUACAGUUUAAUCAUCUUUAUUUGAUAUUUGUUUCACUGUUAUUUCCACAUGCCACUUGUUUCGUGCAGUUUUUGUCUCUUAAAUCUGUCUUUUGAGAAGCAGCGCACGUGUCGGAAGGCCUUUUGAACCCCUUCGUGCGUCUCCCUCAUUUUAUACAGAGGAAGAGCAACAAGGUAUCUAGCGUGCAAACCUGAUACAAAACAUGGGUAGUUUCUAGUCCGUGUUGUCAGAGACAGCUGAUAAGGAUUCAGAUUAUUCCAGUCUCAGUUUACAAACAGGCUAAACUUGAGGGAACUCGCUUAAGUUGUUUUUAUUACUAAAGUAAUAAUGAAGUCCCGAGGUCAGAGUUGGUAUGGUCCUCGCUCGCGGAACCACACCUCAGGCCAGCCCCCACAACCCAGAGACGACCCCUACAGACUUCAUUACCCACCGCCAGACCCCAGAGAAAUGGCGCGCCAGUGGCACUAUCCAGACCCCUGGUAUAGCCAGUACUCAGUCAGUCCUCCUCCCAGUUCUGAGUUGAUCCCGCCGUCCAGUAGCCUCCAGUCCACCCAGAGCUAUGGACCGAACUGGACUCGCCCACACUCCAGGCAGGCACGUGACUAUUCUCCCCAGAGUUACUGGGACUACAGGGACGACUACGGCUAUUAUGAUCAUGGCUAUUACCAAGGGCAUUAUGGGUGUUCAGAUGCCAGUGGAUGGCCCAGACAUGGCGUAUGGCAGGCGGAAGGGUAUCAGAGCAGGGAACUGAAACAAGGUUGGCAGGGAACCACCCCCACCGAUCAGUAUGGCCUCAGAAGGGGCAGUGUGCAGCCUGACGUCAGCAUGCCCGGGAUGGAGCACAGACCAAGAGUGGAGAACGAGGAUGGGGGCAGAGCCCUAGAGGUGUGGGACUCGGGUGCACUGACCCGAUCCAAGACCUCUGGUCUGUCCUCCAGCAGCUAUGAGCUGAGCCAGUACAUUAACGGAUCAGAACAGACUGACACGGUGCCAUCAUCCCACUCCGAGGCGGAGCCUAAGGCUCCGGCACCACUGAAGUUCUGCCUCCCCCACGUGGCUGUGAGCUUUGGGCCGGCAGGGCAGCUGGUAAGAGUGAGGCUGGCGCGGGCUUCUCAGGGUGAACCCGCCCAGGUGGAGCUCCACAACCUGGAGGUUAUUCUGAGUGGCACGUGUGAGCAGAAUGAUAUGAGAGAUUUUCCUGGGCCUUUGUCAAGGGAGGAUCUGCAUAAGGUAGACGUCAUUAACUUUGCUCUGCAGAUGGCUGAUGCGUGUCUGAAGGACCAGACUGCCACCGACGCUUCCUCUGCUGCCCUCCUGUGGCAGCUGCUGGUACUACAUUGCCGACAGAACGGGAGAAUCGUUGGUUCGGACAUCGCUGAGCUCCUGAUGCAGGGCAGUCAGUCUUUUAUUGAUGAGAAGGACAAAAACAAGCAGAGUCUCAUUGAUCUGAGCGAAACUCCGACCCCUGAGACAGACAGUCUCAAUGCUGCCGACCUGCUGACCGGAAGCCGCCGAACCACAGAGGAGGUCUCGGCGCAAGACCUCCAGAAGUACACCAAGUUCCUGCUGGAAGGCAGGAAGAAGGAGGCGCUGGAGUUGGCCAUGCAGGGUGGAUUGUGGGGUCAUGCUCUCUUUCUGGCCAGCAAGAUGGACAGCAGGACGUACCCCGGCGUGCUGAGCAGAUUUACAGGAAGUCUGGCUCCCAGCGAUCCACUCCAAACCCUUUUCCAGCUGCUUUCUGGGAGGAUCCCAGUUGUUGCCACGUCGUAUAGUAGGGAGAAGUGGGGCGACUGGAGACCUCACCUCGCUGUCGUGUUGUCCAAUGGGACGGGAGAUUCUGACGUUAGCUGCAGGUUUUUGGUGACCAUGGGUGACACACUAGCCUCCAGAGGCUUCCUCCAUGCCGCCCAUAUCUGCUACGUCCUGGCUGGCUCGUCGUUCGGCUGGUACAGCACCCAGGCCCACCGCCUCGUCCUGCUGGGCAGCGCACAGACUGCAUCUUUCACUGAGUUCUGCCAUAACUCUGCCAUCCGCUGCACCGAGGUGUUGGAGUACUGUCGGAGGCUCGAAGAUGCCUCCUACAGCAUCCCUUCAUUUCAGGUGUAUAAGUUCCUGUAUGCCUGUCGACUGCUGGACUGUGGCCUCUUCACACAGGCCUUCCAUUACUGUGAGGGUGUGGCCAAGGCACUGCUCAGGAUCCCAGAGCCCCACAUGACACUACUGAAGGAGGUCACCAAGCUGGCAGACAGACUUAAACACUCUGAAACCCAGUUCAGAGAGGCGGGUUCUGCCGGCACUGACCCGGACCCAGACUGGCUGGUUCUACUGCAGCGACGCCUGCAGGCCCUACAGAUGGGAGACUGCAGUAGUACGUACCCAUCAGCGGGAGACUGUGCUUGGAACAGUGAGAAGAACUGGGAACAUGCAGAUAAGCUCCAAGAUCUUAACCCAGACAUUCUGCUCACCGAUCAGACCCACACAUCUCCACAGACCAGUCAGAAUGGUGCCGAUGUGGGCCAGGAUGAGAAGACUGAGUCUGUAGCGCAGACUUGCCCCCCAGAGCAGCGGUCUUUGCCCUUCUGCCCCCCAGAGGAGCAGUGCUACACCUCAGCGGUCCAACGGACAGCUCCUGACGGGCAGCUUCCCCAGACCUAUGCCCCAGUUCCCAUUUACCCCCUGCAGACUGUUUUGGCAACACCUCCAGGGCAGCCGCAGGACGUUGGCUUCUCAACUGGUGCAAAUAUGAUGGAUACUUCAGAAGAUGGAUCUGCUCUGGGUAGCGUUGGUCUGGAUACAACCAACCCACCUGAGGUUGAAGCAAAAGUGACGAACCUCCCAAAAUCGGAGAAGGCGCCAAAGUCUGGAUGGUUCAGUGGAUGGUUCGGGUCUAAGCCUAAAGAACCCACCCAGGAUCACAGCAAGCAAGACGAGUCUGCCGACAGCGGGCAACAGUCACCAGUGUCCGCUGGUUUUCCCUGUCCUCACACCAGCAUGCUUCCGUCACAGCCCAAAGCAGCUGGCAUCAAUCCUUUCUCGAGGAGAGCCGGAGGCCUAAUAGAGCUCCGGGAGCUGGUGCUUCUCUGCGGGAAGGAUUUACAGACGCUGUGGAACACUGAGGGUUAGAGUUGCUGAGGUCUUGGGCUUCCUGUUCUAAAGCACUGGAGCAACUCGGACAUUUUUGCUGUAUGUGGACAUCUGCACUGGAACCGAGGAAGUGUGGUUGGAAUGGGGCGGGGAGAUGGGGUGUGAGGAUGGGAGGGGCCUAAUGCAUUUCCUCCAGUUAGCUGGACUAUCAACAAUAGCAAAGACGAGUAGAACUUCAGUCUGGAGAUUGAUUUGAUACAUUUUUUUUUUUUUUUUUUUUUUUUAAUCUUUAAAAUAAUGUUUGUUUUUUUUCCCAUGUAUUAAUUAAUGCUGUUAACAUUUCACAGAUAUUUGCAGUGCACUGCGCCGGUUGAUGUGUUUGAAGCAGGGGCUCUUGGCAUUCACAGUUUGCGUUGGAGUAUUUUAAUGGGAGUAAAUUAAUGGCAGUUAGUUGACUGAGAGUCGUGUGCAUUACUGCAGUGUUAUUAUCUAAACUAUCUCCUGACACAGCAGGCAGAGACUUGGCUUCAGGAGAAAUGUGUCCACAGGGAUAACUGGAAUACCUCAGGGUGCUUUCCAGUAAGGACAGCGGAAUUUAACAGGCAGAUGGAUGCCAUAUCUUUUUACCAUGAGUGUGCACUGUUCGGUUGCGCUGGGGGCCAGGCUGUAGGGAAGAAUGUGGCACACUUGAACAUUACAACAUGGAGGGAGAGAUGGAUAGAUUGAUUCUUUGUUUGGAUGAUGGGAGAUUACGAUUUGUUUGAACACAAACCAAAUAUGUACCAUUUCAUGAGUUUAUUAAAAUGUUUAUGUAUCAUAUGGCUGCUGAAACACUUGAAAUGAACAGAUUGAUGAGGGAUGGUGUGCUUUGUAAUUCAAAAGAUAUGUAGAUUACACGAUACGUCUGAGGACUGUUCAAGAUGAAGAGAAUUUUCCGCUCCAGUGUAUAAAAAGGUGCUGUCCUGCACAUUAUGGAAAUAAACUUGUGUAA